AUGCCAGUGGUAAAAUUUUACCCGCCGAGAAGCUUUCUCCCACCAAAUUCCUUGUUCUACGAACCGGCGCCGCCAUAAAUAUCGUCCGCCUCUGCCAUACCUGUCUUACCAUUUCUCCGUCAUUCACCUCAUUUGCGGUUUGUGUACUCUCUUAGUCUCGCCAAACGUACCAGCGACAGGAAUGGCGUCAUCGCGCAAACGUAGCAGCGGCCGAUCGCCACUGGUGAACCAGAAAUCGCAGAUCACUUCGUUCUUCUCAAAAGUGGCCGGUUCUCCUACUCCGACGCCUUCUCCCUCUAUAGCGAAACAGGCGCAGGUAAUCCCCAAAUCCAACACUAACCCUAACCCUAGCUUUCUCAACGGGAGCCCUACGACUCCUUCUCCGGUACAAUCCAAGCUCAAGAACCCUCUGUUCAUCAUCGGCCAAAACGUGUCUCCGUCACAUUGUCUGCCAACAUCCGUGACGGCUGAGAAGUCGUACGGAAAUGACGUAGUGGCAAAAAGGGUCAGGGUCUAUUGGCCCUUGGACAAAGCAUGGUACGAAGGUUGCGUUAAAAUGUACGACAAGGGUUCGGGUAAGCAUUUGAUUCAGUAUGAUGAUGCGGAGGAGGAGCUGUUGGAUUUAGGGAAGGAGAAAGUGGAGUGGAUUGAGGAGAGUGCGAAGAAAUUCAAGAGGUUGCGGAAGGGUCUGGGUAUUAAGCAGGUGGUGGUUGAAGAGGAUGAAGACGAUUUGGGGGACGUUAAUAGCGGUGAUGGCGGCAGCCAUGGAAAGACGUCGAGGGAUGAAGAUUGGGGAAAGAAUAUGGAGAAAGAGGAGAGUGAUUGUGAACACCAUAUGGAUCUGGAAGACGAAGAUGAUGAUGGAGAUGGGAAGGGGGUAGUGAAGAGCAGGAGGAGCGAAUCAAGAAAAAGAAAGGGUAGCUCCGAAGAGAAGGUGGCUUCUGGAAAGAAGAGUAAAAAUAGUGGAGAUGCCAAUACAGGACCACUGAAGUUGUCAGUUGUUGAACCAUCGAAGAACAGGGAUAACGAGAUAUCUAAGGCUCCUAAUUCAUCUAAUGACCCCUUGGAAAGGUUUCGGAUACGUGAAGCCGAGAAGCUGCGAUUUCUUGAAGUUGGACGCCGGGAUGCGAAAAGAAGACUUCCUACAGAUGUGGAUUAUGAUGCUAGGACUCUUUACUUGCCUCCUGAUUUUGUACGAAGUUUAUCUGGUGGCCAGAGGCAAUGGUGGGAGUUUAAGUCUAAGCACAUGGACAAGGUUUUAUUCUUCAAGAUGGGGAAGUUUUACGAGCUUUUUGAGAUGGAUGCCCAUAUAGGAGCCAAAGAACUAGAUUUACAGUAUAUGAAGGGAGAACAACCACAUUGUGGGUUUCCGGAGAAGAAUUUUUCGAUGAAUGUAGAGAAAUUGGCUAGAAAGGGUUAUCGAGUUCUUGUGGUGGAACAGACUGAAACACCUGAACAACUGGAGCUUCGUCGGAAGGAGAAAGGUUCCAAGGACAAGGUUGUUAAACGUGAGGUUUGUGCGGUCGUCACAAGGGGAACACUGACAGAGGGAGAAUUGCUUUCAGGAAAUCCUGAUGCUUCUUAUAUGAUGGCAUUGACUGAAAUUUGUUAUUCAAAUCAAAAUUUUGAACGGGUGUUUGGUGUUUGUGUAGUUGAUGUUGCAACCAGCAGAUUCAUUCUUGGACAGUUUGGUGAUGAUGCAGAAUGCAGUUCCUUGUGUAGCUUGUUAUCCGAGUUAAAGCCCGUGGAGAUUAUAAAACCUGCAAAGUCAUUAAGUUCUGACACUGAGAGAAUUAUUUCCAGACAUACCAGAAAUAUUUUAGUAAAUGAGUUGGUUCCAGUUUCAGAAUUUUGGGAUGUCGAGAGAACUGUUAUUGAAGUCAAAGCUGCUUUAAAGGGCAUCAAUGAUCAGUCGUCUUCUAAAUUACCGAGUAAGGCAGGCUUGAUCUACAAUAUUGAGCAAGAGGAUUUGUCCUUCCUGCCAGACAUUUUGUCACACCUAGUGAAUAAAGGUGAAGAUGGAAGCCUAGCAGUCUCUGCUUUUGGAGCUACUCUCUAUUAUCUGAAACAGGCAUUUCUGCAUGAGACGUUGCUCAGAUUUGCAAAGUUUGAAUCACUUCCAUGUUCGGAGUUCAGUGAUCUUGCUAAAAGACCAUACAUGAUUCUUAAUGCCUCUGCCCUUGAAAACCUUGACAUUUUCGAGAACAGCGGAACUGGAGACUCAUCUGGGACUCUAUAUGCACAAAUAAAUCAUUGUGUGACAGCAUCUGGAAAGAGGUUACUGAAAUCAUGGCUUGCAAGACCUUUGUUUCAUGUUAAAUCCAUCAAGGACCGGCAGGAUGCUGUAGCAGCUCUACAGGGGACUAAUCAAACUAUGGCACUUGAAUUCCGAAAUAUGUUGUCUAGGUUGCCAGACAUGGAGCGAUUGCUUACACGCAUGUUUUCCUGCAGUGAAGCUAAUGGAAGGAAUGCCAACAAGGUAGUUCUCUAUGAGGAUGCUGCGAAGAAGCAGCUUCAAGAAUUCAUAUCUGCCCUACGGGGCUGUGACUUAAUGGCUAAAGCAUGUUCUUCUCUUAAUGUCAUUCUGCAAACUGUGGAGUCAGAAAAACUACGUUAUUUGCUAACAAAUGGUGAAGGUCUUCCUGAUAUCAGUUCAAUUCUUCAGCAUUUUAAGAAUGCUUUCGACUGGGUGGAAGCCAACAACAGUGGUCGUAUAAUACCCCAUGAAGGAGCUGAUAUGAACUAUGACUGUGCUUGUAAGAAAGUCAAAGAUAUAGAAUCCAGUUUAAAGAAAGAACUAAAGGAACAACGGAAGGUCCUUGGAGAUGCAUCUAUAAAAUAUGUCACAGUAGGCAAAGAAGCUUAUUUAUUGGAAGUUCCCGAACAUCUGCGUGGAAGUAUUCCUCAAGCGUAUGAGUUGCGGUCAUCGAAAAAGGGUUUUUACAGAUACUGGACGCCAAAUAUUAAGAAGCUUUUAGUGGAUUUGUCCCAAACUCAGUCUGAGAAGGAGUCAAAGCUGAGAAGCAUUUUGCAGAGGUUAAUUGGUCAAUUUUGUGAACAUCACACUAAAUGGAGACAACUAGUUUCCACAAUUGCAGAACUUGAUGUUUUGAUCAGUCUUGCUAUUGCUCGUGACUUCUACGAGGGUCCGACUUGUCGCCCAGUCAUCUUGGGUUCAACAUCAGCUAGUGAAGUCCCCCUUCUUUCUGCAAAAGGUUUAGGGCACCCUAUCCUGAGAAGCGAUUCCUUAGGCAAGGGAUCUUUUGUUUCCAACAAUAUUAGCAUUGGUGGUUCUGAUCAUGCACAGUUUAUCCUUCUCACUGGUCCUAAUAUGGGUGGAAAGUCCACUCUUCUUCGUCAAGUUUGUUUGGCUACAAUUCUGGCCCAGAUAGGGGCUGAUGUACCUGCUGAGAGCUUCGAGUUGUCACCUGUUGACCGGAUCUUUGUCCGUAUGGGUGCAAAAGAUCGCAUUAUGGCUGGUCAAAGUACAUUUUUGACUGAGCUUUCAGAAACUGCAUUAAUGUUGUCGUCAGCAACCCGUUAUUCAUUGGUGGCGUUAGAUGAACUUGGACGUGGCACAUCAACUUCAGAUGGACAAGCAAUAGCUGAAGCUGUUCUUGAACACUUCGUCAACAAGGUACAGUGUCGAGGAAUGUUCUCUACUCACUAUCACAGGCUAGCUGUAGACUAUGAGAAGGAUUCCAAGGUUUCAUUAUGCCAUAUGGCAUGCAAAGUUGGUGUUGGAAGUGAAGGAGUGGAAGAAGUAACUUUCCUCUAUAGGUUGACACCCGGGGCAUGCCCUAAGAGCUAUGGAGUCAAUGUUGCAAGACUGGCUGGCCUGCCUGAGCAUGUGCUUCAGAAAGCUGCUGCCAAGUCGAGUGAAAUGGAGGCUCUAUACAAUAAACAGCGGAAAAAGGGAUGCGUAGAGAGGAAGGAGAGUGAACGGUCAACUCAUGCAGUGUUAGCUGCCAUCCUUAACUCUAUCAAUGCAUUGAUGAAAUCUCAGGACAGUACUGGUAUCAGUGACCUCAUUAGACACCGGCACGAAGCUGCAAGAUUUCUACUUGAAAACUGAUAUAGUUCAGAAUUCAACUUCUCGUACAAUGCUUUGUGGGCAUGGCUGUUCAGAAUGGCGGCAUUCUUUUGGUGCACAAGUGUUGCUUCCCAGUUUUUGACGUGCUCUAAACUAGUUGCGAAGUUUUCGCAGAGAGUAGUUGGGUUUCCGUUCAUAACAGUCAAUGCCAGCUGGGUGUUUGGGAACUAUGCUAAUACUCAUGUAGAUAUCUAAAUGUGAAGGUUCAUGCUACUUUUGGUAUCUGUUUGGCUGAAAGGCAGUCUUGCAUGGUGUCGACUUCCGAGUAAAAUCGAUGGUUGUGG